UUUCUGCUGCUAUGUUCAGAGUCGUUUCUGUUCAUUCAAGAAAUUGAAAUGCGUAGACGAUGUGUCACAGAAGAAUUGUUCAAUACUUAAUUAAUUAGAAAUUAAGGAUUUCAUUCUGUUCUCUCAAGAAUAUCGUGAAAAUUCUUAUUGUCCGAAAAAUGGCACUAACCAACGUCUUACUUCUGAGCCAAAUUUCUGGAUACGUCGUGGCUCUCGUCUUGUCACUUUGUAUCGUCAUACCAAUGAGCUUGCAUCAGGAUGAAUUUAGAGGACACUGUCUACUAUUUUCGACAGGAAAGUGGCAAGAGUCAGACGGUCAGAUUGUAGUAAACUGGGCUUCGCAAGCUUAUUGUAAUUAUACUAUAUUCGUUGGUUUACUAUUGCUGCUAGUGUCUGCUGUACAGAUCUACAGACUUUCUCUAUACAUGUACCGUGGCGAAGACAGUUCUUUUUUAUCAGCAUUCAUAGAUGUUGUCAGUUCGAUAUUUCUCACAAUGUUCACGUUAAUCGCUGCGAUUAUUAUCACUCUUGGAUUUAUGACUUGGUGUCAGUGUAUGACAAAACGAUUCCCCUCUUGUGAGUUGGCAGCUGGAAAUGAUAUCGAUAAAGCUGAUGGUAUAGACACAUCUGGUUUUCAUAUUGAACUGGGUGCCGCUCAAUUUGGUGCUUGGUCCAGUUUGUCUAUUUGGGUUGGCCUCUCAGUGUUUGCUGUGUUGAAGCUGUUAAGGUACCACCAGUUAGAGAACAUGAAGGUUUCUAUGUACAGGGAAAGGCAAAGAUUAAUAGAAGCUGCCAAGAAUAAUGAGGUACAGGAUAUAUCUUAAAAUGGCAUUCUUUAUAUCCCCGAUUAAUCUGCUCCUUGAAAAGAAUCAUUUGUAUCAUACGACAGUUUUUUAAACGCACACUGUAUAAUUGUAUAAUAUAACUCUUAAGUUAUUAAGAUGAUAAAUGAUUGUAUUUAUGACGAAAGUAGUUACGAUAUGUCGACACGUUUUGUCUUUAUACAUAUCGAGGCCGUAUUAUGUUACAACUUGUAGUUUUCGUAAUUAUUCAAGCUCGAUGUACGAUAAUAAUUUAUGAUUUUUCUUAAUACCGCUUAAUUUAGACGACAUUAAUGAUUUGUUAAACCAAAUAUAUUUUAUUCCUGCAUUA